AUGGUAAGAUGGCCAGCAACUGUGGUUCGUUACAUAUAUAGCCAUGAGUAUGGAACAAAAUCUGUUAGUAUCCAUCAGCCACAAUGACUCAAAAAAAAAUAGUAUCAAGAGAAUGACAUGCUACCCAAGCACUUGAAAAGGCCAGAGCCCAGAAAGCCUGAAAUCAGUCCCAUACAAGCCAAAGGUUUCUAUGAUCUCGAUUCUUUAAAAUAGGCUGCCUGGAUCAGAGCCCAGAACCAGCUAGUUCCAUGUGAUGUUUGUGGGCGUACUUUCCUUCCAGACAGACUGAUCAUACACCCAAAGUCCUGUAAACUGAAACCUGCAGCAUGA